GUUAAGUUCCCACAGCGCAUCAGGUACCGGUCCCCACGCUAUAUAACGCCACGGACCGGAGAGGAGAGCAGGACAGGACAGGACAGGGCAGGACAGGACAGGAGCACCGAGGUGACCGAACCACAGGACAAGUCCAACUAUGGCCAAAAUACUGAGAUCGUGGGUGAUGUUCGCGGCUCUGGUCGUCUGCCUGCUGGUGUGUUGGAGCGGCUUCGCGGACGCCUACCCCCCCAAACCGGAGAGACCCGACAGCAACGCCUCGCCGGAGGAGUGGGCCAAGUACCACACAGCUGUCAGGCAUUACAUCAACCUCAUCACCAGACAAAGGUAUGGAAAGAGAUCUUCCCCUGAGGAGGCGGUUGCCUGGCUGCUGCUGGGCGCAAAUUCUGACCAAGACGGCGAGCCACGCUCCGACUAUGCUGGGACAUGGUGAAUGAGCCCAGACUGAAUCCAACCAGCUACCCAGUUCCCUCAACCCUCCAAUCAAAACAUUUCGCAAGAGAGCACCUGCACUGGCCACUGGACACAGUCUCAAUAUUUAAUUGUCUAAUGUGCAUGCAAAUCAGCGUCUCUCUUUUUCUGUUUGUUUGUUUUCGGACAGUAACUGUAUGUAUCUGUUGAUUCUCUAAAAUUGUAAAUAAUUUAUAUCUAUAAAAGUCUCUUCCCAAUAAAGAUCUAAGUGGAAUUUAAAA